AAAGUGAAAGGCAACGCAUAGAAGAGCCAUCACUCACAAACAAAGAAAAGGCGAAAAAAAAAAAAAAGUUCUCCAAAAACAUUCUUCUCUUUGGCCUUUACUCAACAAAACCCACACACAUCUCUCUCUCUCUCUCUGGCUUUCUCUUUGUCGGAAGUCAUGGACGCUACGAAGUGGACACAGGGUUUUCAAGAAAUGAUGAACGUAAAACCAAUGGAGCAGAUGAUGAUUCCUAAUAACAAUACACAUCAAUCAAACACCACAUCCAAUGCAAGGCCAAACACCAUUCUCACAUCUAACGGUGUCUCAUCCGCUGGAGCAACCGUCUCCGGCGUAAGCAACACCAAUAACAAUACGGCGGUUGUGGCGGAGAGGAAAGCAAGACCGCAAGAGAAACUAAAUUGUCCAAGAUGUAACUCAACCAACACAAAGUUUUGUUACUACAACAACUAUAGUCUCACACAACCAAGAUACUUCUGCAAAGGUUGUCGAAGGUAUUGGACCGAAGGUGGAUCUCUUAGGAAUGUUCCUGUGGGAGGAAGCUCAAGAAAGAACAAGAGAUCAUCUUCAUCAAACAUCCUUCAGACGACACCAUCUUCACUUGGUUUGAGCACAACACUUCCAGAUCUAAACCCACCAAUACUCUUCUCAAACCAAAUCCAUAAUAAAUCGAAAGGGUCAUCACAAGAUCUCAACUUGUUGUCUUUCCCGGUCAUGCAAGAUCAACAUCAUCAUCAUGUCCAUAUGUCUCAGUUUCUUCAGAUGCCGAAGAUGGAGGGAAAUGGUAACAUAACUCAUCAGCAGCAGCCUUCAUCAUCUUCUUCUCUCUAUGGCUCCUCGUCGUCUCCUGUUUCAGCUCUUGAACUUUUAAGAACCGGAGUUAAUGUUUCUGCUAGAUCAGGGAUUAACUCAUUCAUGCCUUCCGGUUCAAUGAUGGAUUCAAACACUGUGCUUUACACUUCCUCAGGGUUUCCAACAAUGGUGGAUUACAAGCCAAGUAAUCUCUCCUUCUCUACCGAUCAUCAAGGGCUUGGACACAACAGCAACAAUAGGUCUGAAGCUCUUCAUAAUGAUCAUCACCAACAAGAAACUACCACUACGACGAAGAUGGAGACCAAAUACGAAGAUAUGUUGCCAGUUAUGGCGGAGAAGAUGGAUGUUGAAGAGUUUGUAUCAGAGUUAUGCAAAGGUUUCAGUUUGCUUGCGGAUCCAGAGAGAGAUCUCAUCACAGCUGAGUCUCUAAGACGAAACUCUGGGAUACUUGGGAUUCAAGGUAUGAGCAAGGAAGAUGCUCAAGGAAUGGUUAGAGAAGGAGACCUUGAUGGAGAUGGUGCUCUUAACCAAACCGAAUUCUGCGUUCUCAUGGUUCGGUUAAGCCCCGAGAUGAUGGAAGAUGCCGAAACUUGGUUGGAGAAAGCCCUCACCCAAGAACUAUGUAAUCACAAUCUCUCUUCUAUGCCUUGAUCAUCCCCUUUUCUUGUGUAUUCUCUUUACUUCUACAAAACCUAUAAAUGUUUCUGAAUAUA